UGUUUCCAUUUCUACAUCUACAUACAUAGCGGAGUGGAAAUACGCGACAAUUCUUUACUGUGUUUCUGAUUGGAUAAUUCGAUUUCGCGCUCGAACCGACCGUUGGAAAAAAAAUUGAUUGUCAUUUUCUUUUUUUGUGUGUGUCUUUUUUUUUUGUUCUAAUCAUCAAAAUCAAAUCAUGUCACAAGAAACUAAUAAUGCCAAAGUUCUUGGUGAAAUUGACCCUAACUCUGAUGAUUGGCAAUUAUUUGCUAAUCAUGAUACUUCUGAACGACGAUCAACAAAUCGACGACGAUCAUCGAUAUUGAAAUUAAGUGAAGCUGAACGUCGAUCGAGUAAUCGUCGUGUUAGUUGGGCACAAACUUUUCAGUACAAAGAAGUCUUAUUGGAUGGAACAUCUGUGCUCACAAGUCAAGAACUAAAUAAAUGUCCAAUCAAUUUAAAUGCUAAUACAGAUCCAAUACCCGUUAUGAGUGAACAAAAAAAUUGUAAUGAUGAAAACGUUCAAAAUUCGAAUGAAAAAAAAUGUGAAUUGAACGAUAUCGUUGUCGAUGAAAACAUUCAGAAGAUUAAGGAUAGAUUUGGACAGAAUCAUCUGCCGCGAAUAUUAUCAAGAUACUACAAUCCAAAAAAUAAUAGUAAAGAUUGUACUACUGUAAUCAAUACAGCAUUGAAUAAAUAUGGUGUUGAAAUUGAUCUGGCAAAUCCAUUCAAUAACCUGUCCAAUUUAUUCAAUCUAUUCAAACGUGAACAUCCUUCACAGGAAGAAAAUUUUACGGCAUUUUUAAAACAUUUCCACUUGAUUGAAGAUAAUGAUCAUGAACUAAGUUCAUUGAAACAAUCGAUAUCAAAUGAAAAUCAAUUAAUUCAUACACCCACCAUUUCUAGUAAUUCUGCUAUGAGCAACAAGUUUUUGAAUUCAACAAAAAUUUCCGAUGCUAAUCAUUCAUUAGAUUCAUUUUCUGUCAUGGCUGAUCAAAGCCCCAUUCGAAAUGAUUCGGAUUCAAUGAACGUUGAUUUGGAAUAUAAUGAUGAUCAACAAUCGAUGACCGAACCUGUGGUAAAAACACUUCUUGAUACAACAUUCAUGCAAUUAGAAUCGAAUAAUUCAUCUCAUCAAAGCGAAAACGAUAAAGUGUCUGAAUCAAAAAAAAUCAAUCCUACCACUAACAACAACGGACAAGAGGCGAAUAUUUUUGUAGCAAAAGCUGACAAUUUUGAUCCACAUGAAAUGAGUUUAGAAAUGUCAUUGGAAUUAUCACCAACAAAAAAAACAACAUUAAAAUCAGUUGAUCAGAUUGCCAUGAAUAUUUCUGCUCAAACAUCAGAAUCAGCUGCUGAUAUAGAAAAAGUGAACGCUGAAAAUUUUCUAAAAAUUAUUCUUGAUGCAAGUCUGUCCAUUAGCGAUGAUUCCAAUUCAAAUAAACAGAAAAUGGAGGAAUUUAAAAUUUUUGUUGAUAAUAGUUGUAUUGCUGAAAAAAUGCCGAAAAAAGAAUCACCAGUAGUUGAAAAGAUUAAUUUUUUCAAAAAAUUGGAUGAUACACCCAACACAGAUUAUUCCAUUAGCCUUGAUGAUGAUGAUGAUAAUGAUGAUGGUGAUGGUGAUGAUGACGAUAAUGCAAAUCUUAAAAACGAUAGCAAUGGCCAACAACGAGAAGAUUUCAUCAUCAAUGUUGAUCAAAAUCAAAUUUCCAAAGAAGAUGAAAAUUUAAUUAAACAUCAAGCUAUCGAAUCAUUUCAUGAUGCUGAUGAUUUUUUAAAAAAUUUUAAAUCAACCAAUACAUCGUUUGAGUUUGAUGAUUCAAUUGACAAUUUAAUGGCCAAGAAAAAAGAAGAUGAAAAGGAUUCAAAUGAUUCGAUGAUUUCAUUAAAUAAAAUAGACGAUAGUAUUUGGAUCAAUGAUAAUGCGAAUAAUGUGAAUAAUGAAGAGAAAAUGAAAAUGGCAUCAACUUUUGUUCGUGAUAAUCAUGGACAAAAUGUAGAAUUUACUAUCCCAAUGAAUACGGAAUCGAUUCCGAUUAAAAUUCCUGAACAAAAACCACUACCAUUCCUUGAAUCAACAAUGAAUCAUAUCAGUAUAUUUUCAUCAUCAUCAUCAUCAUCGGAUAAACCAUUUUCUUUUUCAAAAACUGACAAUAUCGUCUAUGAUAAGACUGAUGAUCCGAAAACAUCAGCAAAUUUCAAUACAACAGAAAUGUCAAUACAACAUGAAGGUGCUUCAACAAUGGGGGUAAACAAAUCCGUUGAACAUGAGCGAAAAAUGGUUGCCAAUGAACAUUUUACGGCCGAUUUGCUGUCCAUGAAUCUAGAACAAUCGACUGUUGAUCGUGAAAAAAAAUUGGCCACUUUUCUCACAUUAUCAAGUAUUGUUUCUGAUUCGAAAAUUAAAGACGAUAAAAAUCUAACAAGUUCUAACAAUUAUAAUGAUAAUAACGAUAACGAUAAUGAUGAUGAACAAUGUAAAAGCGAUGGAUCAACAUUAUUCAAAGAAGCAUCCAAAAGUUUAUUGGAUAAUUUUGAGCUUAACACACCAGAUACAAGUAUAUCACAAUCCUUGAAAAAUUUGUCCGAAAAUGACAUUUCUGAAAUUGAAAUUUCCGCUGAAAAGUCAAAAAUUUCACCAAUAGAACCUGAUGAUGAUGGUGGUGGUGGUGUUCGAGUUGAUGUUAUUGAAAUAACAAAAGAUCUUAUAUCAGAUAAUCAAACACCAUAUGUUUUAACAAAACCAAUCAAUCUUGGUAAAUCAGCAACUGAAAUUCUUGAAUGUCAAAAUCUUGAACAACAACAGAUAAACGAUAAAGAAUCAAAAGAUGACGAUUCUGGUGACGGUAAACAGGAAAUUCAAAUCAAAACCAAAAAAUCAACUGAAGAAAGUGUCCAGUUGGAAAAAAAGGAAAUCGAACCAUUAUUAGAAAAUUUUAAACUUCCAAAUCUUGAUCUAAUGCGUCCAUCCAUGAAAAUGGUUAUGAAAGCAGAUGUGGCAAAUCAGUCAGCAAUAGCCGAACAGCAGUCACCCAUGCCAAAGCAGAUUACAGGAUCAACCGUCGCUGAAAUUAUGACUGGAAUGUCUCAGCUUAAAUCAACAUUACCACCACCAACAUCGAUAUCGAAAAUGUCUGUUGGUGGUGGUGGUGGUGGUGGUGGUGUUCGAAGAUCAAUGUUUGAGCUAUCAAAAAAUUCAUCCAAUUUUUCUCGAAUUCCUCAAUUGCCUACUCCAAUGUCGAAAACAUCUUCAUUUUCAUUUCGUAUACCACUGGCAACGCCUGUCAAUAGGCCGAAUACAACAACAAAAACAUAUUCAUCCGAACAACGUUCCAACAUUAGUCAACAAAUAGAUAAAUCGCCAUCAGUAGAUCAAAAUGAUUCAAUGACAUCAUAUUUUGAAAAUUCCAUUUUAGCCCGAAAAUCAUUGGGUGUAACAUUACGUGAAAAAUUAAUAAAAAGAAUUGAUAAACAACGACAAAAAGAAGCCGAAAUUUCGAAACCUAACGAAACAAAAGAAUCGGAACCAAUUGCUGAAACAGAACAACUGAACCUAGAGCAGCAGCAGAUAAUUGACGAUGAUAACGAACUACAAUCAGGUUUAGAUCAGGUCACUAUUGAAUCCAUACAAGAACAACACGAUUAUUUUGGAUCGGAUGAAAUUGAAACACCGGAACGAGUUUUAUCACCAAUCGAAAUGGAACAAUCGGUUGCUAAAAUGUUGAAUGUAGAUGACUUAUCUGAAGAUCAUAUUGAAACAACGGAAACUGAUGUCAAAGCUAUGGAAAAUAAUGAUGGUGAUGAUUAUGAAGAAGAAGAAGAAGAAGAAACAGAUUAUAAUGUAAACAUGUCAGAAAUGACUGGAAAUUUUUCAAUGAUGCUGCAUGAUGUUUCACUUAUGCUAGCCGACGAUUCAAUGGAGGAAAACAAAUUUGAAUUUUCCACGUAUAAUUCAUUUACUCAAUCGAUCGCAAUGCGUAAACAGAAAAAACGACUAAUUCAGAUUCCAAUGUUUGAUUUCAUCAAUGAUCUUGAUCAUCGUGAAUUAAAUGUACGAAUUCAAUCCGUAACUCCUGAUCAAUUAGUAUUACGAUAUCUGUUCAGUACCUUGGAGCUUCGAAUACAUCUCGGAUCAUCGAAAAGUUGCCGUCAGAUAAACGAUGAUGAUGGUCAUGAAAUUCGUGAAAUUGUAGCCAUGGAUUUGGUUUCAUUGAUUGAUUCGCAAAAACCCUUAAAAACCGACGUGAUUUGUGGACGUGAAGAUCGACCCAUUUAUGAUUGGGAUUUUUCUCCUCUAAAAUUCAAAACAGAUGAACAUCGUCAAUUAUUAUUGCUGUCACAUGAUUAUGUGCACACGCAUUUCGAAGAGAAACGUUCUUUUUUCGAUAAAACAUUCAAAGAUACAAGCAAAUUGAAAGAUUUGAUUCAAGAAUUCAGCAUUCUAGUAACACCGGCUAAAAAAAUGGCCGCCGAACUUCGAAGAUUAUUAUCGGAAAACAUUUCUCAUAUGUUGCCAAAAGAUCAGGAUGGAAAAAUUGGAAUAUCGAUAGAAAUUUUUGGCAUACGAAUUAAUACUUGUGUUUUACUUCAUUUCAUAUUUGAUCAUCUUAAAUAUCCGGAUGAAGUUAUCCAUCCGAUCAUUAUCGUGCCGGAUAAUGAUCGUCAUCUUUAUCCAUUGGAAGAAUUUGCAGUGGCACUAAAAAUGAUCAAACCAUGUGCAUAUAAUUAUAUAAGCAAAUUGACUAGAGGUUCAGAAUGUUUCAUACAGGCUCUUGGCAUUAUAAUAAAACAGGAAAAAUUAGCACGUCGACGAUCGGAACAGAUGCGUGCAUUGGCUUCAUUUGAAAUUCGCCGCAGUGGUUAAUCAAUUGUUUAUUUGUCAUAAUCAUGUCCUUGUAUAUUCCAUAUAUAUGAAGAUUGAAUUUGUUGUUCGAUUAUCUGUGAAUAAAUAAAAACAAGUUUUAAAAAUGCA